UCCCCUUCAAAGCCCGCCUCUCCCCAUUUCAUCAACCGCUUCACUAAAAAUGGCGAACAAGCUCAAAGUCGAACAACUCCGAGACCAAUUAGCCCAGCGCGGUCUCAGCACCGCCGGAACCCUCCCCGUCCUGGUUUCGAGGCUCGAGUCCGCUCUCCUCCAAGACACCAAGCCACCGCCACACGACGGCGACGGUUCCGUCACUAGAAAGCGGGGAAGGAACUCCAAUGAAGACGACGGUUCAGCCGCCGCCGCGUCGGAGAAAAUCAAGGCCACUGAGAAAUUCCGGAGUAUGAAUGUCAAGCAACUCUGCGAAGAAGCAGGUCUUCGCGGAAUUCCGGCCACUGGUUCCAGGAAGGAGCUACUCCAGAGGCUUUGUGAAGAUUCGGAGAAGGAUUCUGAUGACAUUGCUGGAAGAAGUAGAGUUGUGGCGAAGGAAGAAGAGAAUGAGAGUAAGGAGAAGAUGGUUACUGCUACCAAGAAAGGUGCGGCUGUGUUGGAUCAGUGGCUACCGGAUCACAUUAAGACACAUUAUCAUGUUUUGCAAAUGGGUGAUGAUUUGUAUGAUGCCAUGUUGAAUCAGACGAAUGUUGGCGAAAAUAAUAACAAGUUCUUUGUGCUUCAAGUUCUUGAAUCCGAUGAUGGUGCUAGUUUCAUGGUUUACUUUAGAUGGGGGAGAGUAGGUGUCAAGGGUCAAAACAAGGUACUAGGGCCUUAUCCCCGAGACCGUGCAAUCGCGGAAUUUAAAAAGAAAUUCUCUGAAAAAACCAGGAAUGAUUGGUCCAAACGAAAAACAUUCGAGUCAUUCCCAAAGUGCUAUGUGUGGUUAGAAAUGGAUUACAGCGAAAAGGAAGACCUAUCAGCUGUACCAGAAAAAAGUGGCUCAGCUUUAGUACCUCAACCUGUGGAAACAAAACUAGAUCCCUGUAUUGCAAAGUUCGUAUCUCUUAUCUGCAACAUUGCCAUGAUGAAGCAGUAUAUGAUGGAAAUAGGAUACAAUGCUGACAAGUUGCCACUGGGGAAGCUGAGCAAAUCAACAAUUCUUAAGGGUUAUAAUAUUUUGAAGAGUAUUGCUGAUGUGAUUGGUCAUUCUAAUAGAAAAACACUUGAACAAUUAAGUGGAGAGUUCUACACUGUCAUUCCUCAUGAUUUUGGAUUUAAAAAGAUGAGCAACUUUGUCAUUGAUACUCCUCAGAAGUUGAAGCAAAAGUUGGAAAUGGUUGAAGCACUAGGUGAAAUUGAAGUUGCAACGAAAUUGUUGAACAAUGAUGCUGGGACACAGGAAGAUCCCUUGUAUUCUAAUUACCAGAGCCUCCGUUGUGAGCUGACACCGCUAGGCGCUGAUUCAGAUGAAUUUGAUAUGGUUUCAAAGUAUUUGCAUAAUACCCAUGCAAAAACUCAUUCAGGUUAUGCAGUUAAUGUCGUUCAGAUUUUCCGUGCAUCAAGAGAGGGUGAAGCUGAACGUUAUAAAAAGUUUUUCAGUAUGAAAAAUAGAAUGCUUCUCUGGCAUGGUUCUCGUCUCACAAAUUGGGCUGGGAUUUUAUCUCAAGGUUUGCGCAUAGCUCCACCUGAAGCUCCCGUAUCUGGUUACAUGUUUGGGAAAGGGGUUUACUUUGCCGACAUGUUCUCCAAAAGUGCAAAUUAUUGCUAUGCUAACAGUUCUUCUUCAGCUGGUGUGCUACUGCUUUGUGAGGUUGCAUUGGGUGACAUGGCUGAGCUUUUAUCUGCUAAAUAUGAUGCUGACAAGUUACCAGAAGGAAAGCUAAGCACAAAGGGGGUUGGUGGAACUGAACCAGAUCUUUCAGAGGCUCAGUUACUAGAGGAUGGUGUCAUGGUUCCAUUAGGAAAACCAAAAGAGAAGCCGCGCAAGGGUUCUUUACUAUACAAUGAGUACAUAGUUUACAAUGUAGACCAGAUAAGGAUGCGCUAUGUUGUUCAAGUGAAUUUCAAUUUCAAGAGAUAACCUCUAGAUGCUGGCUCCUUGCUAGCUUUUGUUAACAUAUUUAAAUAAUUUAAUGCUUUCAUCAUGUAUAAUAGUUUUCGUUCUUUGGUACGGAAAGAA